UGGCGGAGAACAACCAGCCCAACCCCCGGCCCUUUCUCUCUACCGAUCUAUAGCGGUAUUUUAUUAUCGCUAACCUCACAGUAAUCCAUCCGGCGAAAACCUAAAGCAAAAGUAGGAGCAAAAUAUUCGUCCUAGUUUAAGGUAUGCGAGGGGAUACCAGGGCAGCGGCGGAGAUGUCCGUUGCGGAUGUUGCCGCUGCGGCGGACAAAGGUAAGGAGAAGGUGGAGGAGCCUGUGCCCGCGGCGAGGGCAGCGGGGGGCGGAAAUGGGAGGUUCAUGGCGUACCCGGCGCGGAUGGCGGAGCACAAAAGCGUGGUGGCGGACGCCGCCCUCUUCAGGGCUGAGCUCGAGAAGCUGCACGCGCACAUGGGCACAAAACUCAAGGUGCCAAUUAUUGGUGGAAAAGACCUGGAUCUUCAUCAACUAUUUAAGGAAGUUACCUCACGAGGUGGCAUUGAUAAGGUCAAGGCAGAAAACAGAUGGAGAGAAGUAACCGCGUCAUUUAUUUUCCCUGCAACUGCGACAAAUGCUUCUUUUAUGUUGAAAAAAUACUAUAUGUCGCUGUUAUACCAUUUUGAACAGCUCUACUUCUUUGGAGCACAGGGCUGGUAUCAACAAGAAAGUGAUCCCAGAUCACUGCCUUGCAUAGAAGUGAGAGCUGAAACACAAAACACUGACAAAAGAAAAAGGGCCACCAAUGCCUCUUCAGACCCAGCUUUGGCUUCUGAUAAUGUUGAUGUGGAUGUAAUAAUUGAUGGCAAGUUUGAACAUGGUUACAUUGUAACUGUUAUUACGGGAUCAAAAUCCACAAAAGCAGUCCUUUAUAAUUACAGUGAGGAACCUGCUCUUACAACUCUGGCACCUACUAUGCCCGUAAACAACACUGGUUCGAAGGGUGGACGUAGGCGGAGGCAACGCAGGAAGAAGCUAAGUACAACAGACCCCAGACAUCCCAAACCAAACAGGAGCGGCUAUAAUUUCUUUUUCCAAGACCAGCACAGAAAGCUAAAGCCAGAUUAUCCUGGCCAGGACAGGCUGAUCAGUAAAAUGAUUGGUGAACGGUGGAACAAUCUAAGCCCUGAAGACAAAGCUGUGUACCAAGAAAGAGGUGUACAGGACAAGGAGAGAUACCAGUCUCAGUUGGCUGCUUAUAGAGAAGAACUGAGAACAGGCCAGCCUAUGAGCAAUCCUAUGCCUAUUAUCGGCAAUGCACCUAUCCAGCAGACAUUUCCCCAGACAGAAGUAACUAUUGAUGAAGUGGACUGCAAGGUCAGUAAAGGAGAUAUGCUGCUGUCCAAUCAAAGGUACAACAACAGUGACGAAGGUGUUGAUUCAGGUGGAAAACUUGUUGAAGAUGAAGAGUUCAACACGGAUACAUCUCGUGAGCCUAGCAUUGAUACCACUGAUUCGCCUGGGCUGCUUGAUCCUUCUGCUGAUGGCGACCGGUUUGAACUUCGCAGGAGGGAGAACCCCAACAAAAAUGAGAAACAGAGCACUGCACCUAAAUAAUGAUUGAAAAAUGACUUAAUGGUACAAGAUUGGAAGUAAUAAGUUGAAGCGAGCGGCAGGUUAUGCCUACUACCUUGGAUGUAGGAUCAGGUCGAUGUCUCAUUUUUAUUCCUUUUAAAUAUCAGCAUUGUUGUAGAGACUGCUACGGGCUAAUUUAUGUGGGUAACACUCUAUUAGCGCAUGAAAUGCUGUGGGUUUUUUCUUCAGUUUGGAACAAAGUUGAUAUGUUGAAUUGGUUGGAUGGACGAUAUAUGGUUUUGUGUCAUUUUGAUU